AUGGGCUCCAACAGCCCCCCCGUCGACACCAUCGCCACCACGUCCACCGCCGCCACCAACACCACCCCCGCCGCCAUGACAGGCGGCCACGCGCUGCAGGGGGCCGCCGCCGCCAACGGAGACCAGGCCGCCGCCGUCCCCACGGGCCUCGACCUCCUUCCCGCUACUUUGGCGGACCUCGCCGACAGCCUCCGCGCCAUCCGCUUCGAGCUCGCGGAGAUAAAGGCCGGCCAGCACCCGCCGCCCCCACCGGCCGCCGUUCCGCCGCCGCCCCCACCGGCCGCUGUUCCGCCGCCGCCCACACCGGCCGCCGCCCGCCCCCCCACCGCCCGCCUCCGCCGCCGGCAAUGGCCGGCCCGCGUGGUGGCCGCCGUCGCCCUCGCCGAUUCCCACAUGGACCGACGCGUCGCCCGUCUACACUAA